ACCUACACGCUAAAGCCCCCACGGUCACACGCACACAUUAUCAACAGCUUGUGCUACUCUUGUCUCUCUUGACUCGUCUUCUCCUCUUCUAUCAAACAAGGUCAGUAUAUUACAAACCAACUUCCCGUCAUGACACAACAUCACAAAUCAUCACUCCUACCCCAACCGCGGUGGCGUCGCGACUCUUGGCCUUGAACAGGAGAGGAGCGCGAGUGACGGCGGUGCAAUGACUCCCCUCCCUUUCCACCCCUUUGUCCGUGCUGACGCCUCCGCGCCUCCCCUCAUUGUCCCAUCCUUUGCAUCUUUACUACGUCCUCGUGCAUCCUCCUCCAUCUUUCUCUCUUGCCACUCCAGCCAAAUCAGCCAUCAUGUCGACUGCCGUGACUGGAGCCGUUGGUCCACCCGCGCCGGCCGCGCCGUCCCCCUCGCAGCCCCAGCAGUCGUCGGUUGCCCCCCCUCCUCAGUCCUCCGAGAGGCCUACCCCUUCGUCAAGCAACACUCCGCCCCCUCCAUCCUCCUCGGAGAGGCCCUCCCCCAGCACCACCGAGCAGCCAUCUACUCAGCAGCCUCCUUCGACCACCGAGGCCCCUCCUUCUACAUCUGAGCCGGCCUCGUCAUCUGUCACCUCUUCGGCCGCCCCCUCCAGCCAGACCUCGGUUGUCGUGGUGACCAGCACCAGAUCGUCCUCGUCUUCCGCCAGUGCUUCGCUCUCCUUCUCCCAGUCGUCCACCUCUACCCUCACCCAGACCAGGACUGUCAACCAGAGCGGCCCUGCUCUUAACACGUCGGGCCGUGCCAGCCAGUCUGCCGACGCUGCCAGCGCCGGGACCGGAUCCAGCUCGGGCCUCUCCGGCGGUGCUGUGAGUAGUUCUUCCUUUCCAAGCGCCGAGCGCAUGUUUCAAAGCACUUUCACUGACCACCCUCCUUGCAGAUUGCCGGCAUUGUCAUUGGUGUUCUCGCUGGUCUUGGUCUGAUCGCCUUCCUUGCUACCGGUUACCUCCGUCGCCGCUCGCGUGCUCGC